AUGUUCUCGAUGGCGAAAACAACCAACUCCAAACCCGCCAACAUGACCAAGGAGCCAUGGCUAGCUGGGCUUGAUGAAGACUGGCCAUCACAGCUAUCGUCGCCGUGCUCGUUACCUCACUCGCCAACCCUGCCUGACAGCAGCGGCCAUAAACAUUCCACAGCGCGCAAAUGCAUUAGUUGCGAAAUCCGAAGCCGCAUACCUAAACCGGAGCCCCCAUCACCUAGAGUCAGAGGAAUUAUUACACCUAGAGGCGCGAAACAAGCCCAAGUGAGACGCGGUGGCAGCACGACGCCUACGAGUGCACGAGCAUCGCCCUCGCCGCGUGCGAGUCCCUCCCCACGAGCGUCACGAACGUCAACAAACACUCCCGCAAAAAUAUCGCCUAAAACAAGUGCCAAGCAGCCAACACCUGCGCGCAAAAAGCCAUCAUCUACACCUCUUAAAAAUGUGAUGUCGGCCCGAUCGAGCUCCGUGGUUUCAGACCGUACGAGCGAACUAGGAACAAUUCAAGUGCGAGCUGGUAAAGAGGAUACAAAGGGGACACCGGAAUGGAAACGGCGAAUUGUGCGAGGGGAAAUAUCUGCUGAUGAACAAUGUGACUUAUUUGGUCCUAUGGGGCUGGAGAAUAUCUUCAGGCAACCAGCGACCGCUGCAGGCUCUGAAGUUCUGUCAUCGUUCGCAAUUUUCAGUCAUACCGAGAGUGGUUCUCAAUCGCAGGUUGCUAGCUCAACAGCAGACAAAGGCGCCCGACGUAGGGUGUCGUUUAAAAACAAUCCUGAGAAAGAAUACUUUGACGAGGAAUCAGUCCAUCUCAAAGUCCGCACGACUUCUUCUAGACGCGGUAAAUACGGACUGGACGGCGUGUCAGACGCAGAUAGUCGGUUGCGUUCGGCCAGCGGAGAGGAGGAACUUCGCAACGAGGAUUUGACACCUAUAUUCCUAUCUUCUAACGGUACCGUCGAUCGUCGGACCGGAUCUGGUGUUCUACAGUCUGCGCUGAAACAGCUUGGUGGCAUGUCAGACGAUUCGAAGCAGCGUCAAGCCGAUGCUCUCAAUGAAGAUAAAGAAAAUGGCGAGGCAGCUACUUUCCAACCCAACGAACUUCUCGGUGUCAGUAGUCCCUUUUUUCCAGAGGAUCUUUCCACAGGCACACAAGAGGCAUUGCGGACUCAGAUGUUCGUGACUAUGGAGCGAGGAGGGUACUCGGACAGUUCUUUCCACAUGGGGCAGCUAAGCUCGUCGUCCUUUCCGUCAAAUCUGCAGUCUUCCGUCCUCACCAACUCGAAGAUUCGUAGUUCUCCACCGACCGUACAUCAUCACAACAGAAAUGCAGUUCCUACAAUUAGUUUUUCCCCAGAGGGAGAACCGGAUUCUGAAAGGCCGCAAACUGCCAACAUGAGUAGCCCGUUGAAAUUGUUCGCAAACCAUGAUACUUUUACGAACAACAAACUCCUGCGGCGCAUGAGUCAAUUCGAAGAGACCUAUCAAGACGUAUCGGACGACGAAGAACCAGCAUCACCUUCCUUGAUUGCGAGAAGGACACGCACCUCAAAGCGCAAUCUGCCAGUUCUCAGACGUGGACAUACUCAUCCCCAGAGGAGUGAUAACCGUCCUUCUACUCAAGAUGCAGCGAACCCUCGCAUGAACAGUUUUGGACAGGGACGCUUCAAUUUUGAACCUGUCAACCGAGAAGCCAGUCUUUCAUUUCAAAAAUCAUAUGUUCGCGAACGUCAGCUCCGGCAAAGGUCAUCUUCUCAGAAUACUGUGAACGAAGCUCUAAGGAAAACUCGAAGUCUGGAAAAUCUGCCUGAAAAUGGAACAUCAACCAGAGCUUUACAGAGCAGACUUUCGCGCCACCCUAAUGAUCGCCAAUCCAGUCAGGGCAUAUACCAGUCGAAUCCGAACGUAAGGCGCAUAAGUAACAUGUCAAGCAGAACCACAGCUCCAAAAAGGCGUCGGACUCUACAACAGACCGAAGAACAGUCUUUGGAUGCCACCGAGUUGAUUGAAGCCGCACUCAACAUGAGUCUCGAAGACAAAAAGCUGUGGCAUCGAUCCCAGGUUCAUAUGAUAAAUUCGAGCUCGCCAAAUUCUGAGCAGGCUGGAGAUCCAUGGGCCACAGGCAUAUCGGGAGGCUCUUUCUAUAGAGCUGAUGAUUCUAUUGAAGGCGCAUCAAGUCAAGACGAUCACAAGCGUUCUCUUACUACACAGGAUUUCCUCGAUGAGGCUACAAAAGUAAUGAGUAUCAUCCGCUCAAAGAACAAAUACACGAGCGAGCUAGCAAGUGUGGAGGAAUCAGAAAUUACAGGGCAAGAUGAAGACGAAGACGAAUCAAGCCGAGAGAACCUUUCACGACCUCCCAGUCGUGAAGGUGUGGACAUGCGAAAGUUCAGGGAGCCCCGACCAAUGCACCCACGCGUCGUCAGUCAUCUCAAGAAGUUCGCCGAUAAAGAAGAUACGGAACAGUUCAUGGCAUCGGUCAUGUCGGACCUGUAUAAAGAAAAGCAGACGAACAUGGAUAACACGAAUAGUCCGCAGGAUGUGCGAAUCUUGCCUCAGCGGAAGCGCAAGUUUUCCGACGACGAUGCUCCAUCGCAUUCAAUACCUACGAUUUCAUCCAGUGGCUCAAAUACAAAGGGUGUGAUUGCCUCUAAUAUGGUUUCGCACUUGAUACCAGAACAGGUCAAUGGUAUGAAUUACGAUCGAAUUACAAAAUCUUGGGUCAAACAGAGAGUGGAUCGUGCCGGUGGGAAUGUACGAGGGGAAGACAGUGAGGACGAUCCAUUCGGCAGCAUACCGGAUCUAAGUUACGAUGAGCUCGAGGAAGUCAAGAGAGCCGAGCAGUUCACUUCUCCUCGCAAAGAGGAGCAGACCGCAGAUACCGAGCAAACAUUAAGGGCAAAUCACGACGGAAAAAGCGUCUCUCAUAGUACUGAACGACCAGUGACUCGAGAAGGUAAUCCUUUCAUUCCUGAUUCUAGCUCUGUACAAUCAAAGACCACGCGAUUUACCUCGAGUGGCCCACAACCCGAAACUCGAGCCACGUCAUGGGGAACCGAGGAUUUGACUGUCAACCUGGGCAGAUUUGUAAAUUCAGGUUCAAACAAAAUCGAGGGUGAAUCUACAGCAGUGCAGGAAAGCUCGCUCAAGCAGCUCAAGCAGCCCAAGCAGUCUAUAGGAUCCAAUUCAAAGAGAGCCGCUACUAUCAGCUUCUCCUCGCCUCUGGUAUCACACAUCUCCUACGUUGACGAUGGCGAGGAUGAAAAGACGUCAAAAGAACAACAUGAUGAGCGACAGGCUGACGACAGAGCUUCAACUGUCGCUCCAUCACGCCGUACAUCAUUAGAUGGCAAACCAUUCGUUGGCCGUCCGAUAUCUCGUAUUGAUGAGCGGACCGAGGAUAGCUAUGCGGAAAUGAGCUUAGUUCGUCGAAACUCGACAGGGUCUACGCCUACACCAGUAGAAAGAUCCAUGAUACUUCCGUCGUCUGCGCGACAUGAUAACUACAGCUUCCAUAUGAGCUCGCUUGCCGAAUUCACCGUUCAUCAGACGGACGAUCCCAUGCAUGCUAAUACCAGCUAUGUUGCUCCUCGUACUCAUCCCUCUUCUUUGCGUCAGAUACAUGGAACUUUUGCUUUGGCUACAGAAGACCUCAUCAGACACAUCACUGAUGUGGAGCCCACGGAGCCAUUCUGGGAGCAGUUACGUCGAUUAUCCCUGCGAGAUAAGGGUAUCGUGACUCUUCAUCAGUUGGAUGAAUUUUGCCCCUUGCUGGAAGAGUUGGACGUCUCCGAGAAUGAACUGGCCCAACUUGACGGUACUCCUUCAACUUUGCGUGAUUUGCGGGUGCAGCACAAUUGUCUUACGAGUUUGACCUCGUGGGGCCACCUCAUCAAUCUUCAAUACCUGGAUGUCUCUGGCAAUCAACUCGAAACUUUGGACGGCUUUUCGACGUUGUUCCAUCUCCGAGAGCUUCGUGCCAACAAUAACAGAAUACGCAAUAUCAAGGGGGUUUUUGGUCUGAAUGGGCUGUUGCGCUUAGAGCUGAAGAACAAUAACCUGACUACGGUUGAUUUUGAAGGCUCGGAAUUUGUCCGUUUAAGUGAACUUGACCUGAGCAACAACCGAAUCUCCACCGUUCAGCAUCUGGAAUACCUUCCAUCGAUAGAGACAUUGGAUAUAAGCGAGAAUCAGAUCCGAGAACUACAGCUGCCUGUGCCAAUACGAAGUCUGCGCAAUUUGAAAAUAUCGAGCAACCGUCUUUCUACUUUUGAUGUUUCAUAUUAUCCCAGGCUUCGGUUGUUAUACCUCGACAAUAAUUACUUGACGACAGUGUCUGGCCUAGCUGGGUGUGGCGGAAUGGAAGUCUUCUCGGUGCGAGAGCAAUUUUCUGGACAAUCUCCAGAGCUGGGAGCGUCUCUGGAUAUCGAUCUCAGUCCACUUAGUGACACUCGCAAGAUCUUUUUGUCAUCGAAUAGACUCUCUGAUCGAACUCUGUCGCCUUCAGCUCCCAUGUUGGCAUUGCAGCUUCUUGACAUUGCAUCCUGCGGUAUUCGUGUCCUUCCCGGACAUUUUGGCAAGAGUUUCCCCAACCUACGUGUUCUCAAUCUCAAUUUUAAUUCCGUUAGCGACCUUGGAAGUAUUGCCGAUAUGCGAGGCCUAAGUCGUUUGACAGCGGCAGGCAAUCGAAUCAGCAGAUUACGCAUGCUUUGUCAGGUCGUGGCAAGAAUUGGCCGAUCAAGUCAACAUGAUCAUAGUUCUUUGAAGACACUUGAUCUCCGAAGCAACCCUCUGACUGUUGGCUUCUACCCUCCCCCCGUUUCGGGUAGUGGCCGAGCUGAUACGCAUAUCAAAAUGCUGGAAGAUAAGCUUCACAAAACACAAAGGUGCCAGAAAAACAUUGAAACAGGUGCCGACUUGCUCCCGGCGGUAUUUGAUGAAACAGAACAAAACGCAGUGGUUGGAUUCAAAGGUCAGAUGGCCAUCAAGGAGGUCACGGAUGUGGAAAUCGACGAUCCAUAUACACUCCCCCCAGCAGACGCAGAGGCGGACCAUAAGUACCGAUCAACACUGGACGGAUCUACCAAGUCGAAACGUAUGACCUUAGAAGUCAUGUUGUACGCCGGAACUGGUGGUUCAAUCAGAGUGCUGGACGGAUUGGAGAUCAGACCUAUUUUGGAACAUGACAAGGCAGAAGUCGAUAGAUUGUGGAGUAAGUUGGAGCAAUUAGGUGUUUUUACCAAGAAGGCUCCCAGCAAUGCGUUAUGCCAGUAA